GCUUUGCGAGCCCAAAUUGAACGCUCGGCAAAAGAAAACAUUUUUUAUUUUACAUGCUCUGUUUUUAAGAGUAAAACGCAUAAAAUAAGGCUUUUCAACUGGAAUUGACACUGCCAAGAAGAAGAAUUCAACUGUGCGCAACGGGAAGAGUUUAUCGGGGCACGGCAUCAUGGAUCAGGACUAUGAGUGCAGGCUGCUCAGGCAGAUAAACAUCCAAAAUGAGAACGCAAGCCCCAUAAAAGCUGUAGGAGCAGUGAGAGCUCUGACACCCACCAGCUCCCCCCUAUCCUCCCCUAGUAAGCACGGUGAUCGCUUUAUUCCCUCCCGGGCAGGAGCCAACUGGAGUGUCAAUUUCCACCGCAUCAAUGAAAUUGAAAAGUCGCACAAUCAAAACAGGAAAACCAAAGAUGGCACAACAGACAGCAACAAAGCGGAUGGCCUGGCUUACUCUGCUCUGCUCAAGAACGAGCUGCUAGGAGCAGGCAUCGAGAAAGUCCAGGACCCCCAGUCAGAAGACCGCCGUCUGCAGCCGUCCACUCCUGCCAAGAGGAGCCUUUUUAGUUAUUCUGUUAGCACUAAGAGGGCUUUGCCUGAAGAGGAUGGAAACACAGUCUCUCCGUAUUCUCUAUCACCUGUCAGUAGCAACAGCCAGAAACUGCUGCGGUCGCCCAGGAAACCUACACGCAAAAUAUCCAAGAUUCCUUUCAAAGUUCUGGAUGCUCCGGAGCUUCAGGAUGACUUCUACCUCAACCUAGUGGACUGGUCCUCUCUGAAUGUGCUCAGUGUUGGACUGGGUACCUGUGUCUACCUGUGGAGUGCCUGCACCAGCCAGGUGACACGUCUAUGUGACCUUUCUGUAGAAGGAGAUUCUGUAACAUCAGUUGGCUGGUCGGAGAGGGGUAACCUGGUGGCAGUGGGGACUCAUAAAGGCUAUGUACAGAUCUGGGAUGCAGCAGCAGGGAAGAAGCUCUCUGUACUAGAAGGACACACAGCCAGAGUGGGUGCGUUGGCAUGGAAUGCGGACCAGCUGUCGUCUGGGAGCCGCGAUCGGGUGAUCCUGCAACGCGACAUCAGAGCCCCGCCUCUCCAGUCAGAGCGCCGUCUCCAAGGACACAGACAGGAAGUCUGCGGGCUCAAGUGGAGCACAGACCACCAGCUGCUAGCCUCGGGUGGAAACGAUAACAAGUUACUUGUGUGGAACCACUCGAGCGUCCUCCCGGUGCAGCAGUACACAGAACACUUGGCUGCAGUGAAGGCCAUCGCCUGGUCUCCCCACCAGCACGGCCUGCUCGCCUCCGGAGGCGGCACCGCCGACCGCUGCAUCCGCUUCUGGAACACUCUGACCGGCCAGCCCUUACAGUGCACAGACACCGGCUCUCAGGUCUGCAACCUGGCCUGGUCCAAGCACACUAACGAACUGGUCAGCACACACGGUUAUUCCCAGAACCAGAUCCUGGUGUGGAAGUAUCCCUCUCUCACUCAAGUGGCCAAACUUACUGGGCAUUCCUACAGAGUACUCUACCUGGCCAUGUCCCCUGACGGAGAGGCCAUUGUGACAGGAGCUGGGGAUGAAACACUUCGGUUUUGGAACGUCUUUAGCAAGAUGAGAUCAACUAAGGAAUCUGUGUCAGUGCUGAACCUUUUCACCAGGAUCCGGUAGUAAGCACACCUCUGUACUACGAGGGAAUAAAGCAGAGAGGGGAAUUUAUCUUUGCAUGUAUCCAGCUGUAAACGGGCCCCUUCUUUGAGUAUUCGCCUCAGUAGUCUACAGAGGGCCCCCUCCAUUGCCCCUAGUUAUUUAGCCAAGUUGUAACUGGAGGUGGGCGGGAGCUGGAGAGAGUGUCGAGGGGCAGCGGAGAUGCAUACGCACACUAUUCCACUUCCUCCUGAAUAAUGGAGCCACUGCCUCUUCCAACAGACCAGUGAUCUCUGAUAAAAGGAGAAUUUUGGGGGGUGUUUUUCUCUCCCUAUGUGAUUAUGUUUUGUUUACAGACUGAUUUGUGCUUACCUGCCAAAUAUUGAGUUUGUCCUUUUGAUUGUCUAUUUAUUUUACUUUUUUUUUUUCUUUUUGGUUGUUUGUUUUGUUUUUUACAUAUUUUUAACAUAUAUUCUUACUAGUGUGUUUGUUUCGAAGGCCACUAGAUUGCCUUUUAUUUGUGUAACUGCAGGUUUUGGUCUUAUCUGUGGAGUACGUUUGGCUUUGUUUAAAAAAAAAAAAAAAAAAAAUUGUCUUUUUAUUUUGCUGAGAGACAAUAAUGUUUCAUGUACACUGAUAACAGAUCCUGUGCCCUUUCAAGAGCUAUUAAUGGUUAACAAGGAUUGAAUGAAUGAUCCUGAUCACCUUUUUCUAAUAUAACAUUAAGUUAAUUUAGUCUAAAGACUAAUAAUAAUAAGCAGAAUUAGCUCAUUGUUUCAUUAUCUCUCAAGAAAAAUCUUGUAAUUGCAUACUGCACAUCUUUGAUUAAAAUAACUGACUAAACACUGUACAUUAUAACAAUUACUCACAAAAGUAAUUCACAUGAAAAUCUGAAGAUUUUAAUGUGACUUGUGUUGAAGCUUUUCAUCCAUCUUGUUUCUCUACUUUGACUAGAAAACCAGGCAAGGAGAGGUAAAAUUAAAAUACUUUGGUUUAUCAGUGUAGUUUGUAACAGCAACUAAAGCUCAGAGUUAAAAACAUUUGGGAUUAAAUUCGAGUGAAAUGCUGCACAGAGCUCCUGCUUUGUGCUGCGUCUGCUCAGAUAUUCAAGCUUGGGGCACUACUUCAGACCAUUUCUGUUUGAGCAGUCGUGCUAUUGUACUUUGUUGUUUUUGGGUUUUUUUUAAUCUGACUUCAUAUCAUCUGCAACAUUUUCUCCCAAUUUUGAUUUCCUUUUUUCCCCUGUUUGAAUGUUUAAGUCAAAUAGCGUGCCACAUUUAAAUGAAUGCUAUUUAUUUGUGUUGUGUACAAAGGUUCUUGUACAGAAAUGGCAUGUUUGUUUACUAAGGUUUUCUGAGGGGAAGCUGAUGGGCGGUUUCACUGCUCGACUCUAUGGAACUUUCUUUUAAUGCCACUUCAAAAUCAAGACAAUGCUGCCAACUUGAAUUACAGAAAGAAUGUUAAAAAGAAAAAUAUUUCUGUACUGAGAGAUAAUCAACAAUUAAAUGAUCAUAUCUUGUA